CUCUCUCCAAAUCCUCUCACCAUGCUCUUGUUCCCUUUCUUCACGAGGAAGACUUUGCAAGCCUCACAAAAUUCAUCUCAUUUCCCUUAUUGUUGGACGAACCACCACCACCAACGAGUCAAAGGCCACCACCGUGGAAGGGAGGGAGGACUCAACGAACACCAUUCUCCUUCCAUUUUUUCGGUGAAGCUUCUUAUGGAUGAUGUUAUUCAGAUCCUAGAAGGAGGUGAGCGACCAAGAAACCACAAACGACGCACUUCCAUUUAAAUAUGAAAAUUUGCCGGUGAGCAACUCCAACAUGUAAAUGGAGUUUGCGACCAUCUCGUAUAGUUUUAAGGAAAACGAACACCACCACCGCUCUCCUGGCCACGAGAGGAAGAUGAUUCACUACUUAAUUUAUGCUUUGGGGAGAGAGUUGCCGCAUCUUCGCCAUGAACCACCGUGAUCUAAUGAUAGAAGGAAGCGAUCAUGAGGAAGAAAAAGUGAAAGUGACGAGAGGAAAAGGAAGAGAGAUGCUUCUAAGGCGCUAAGGAAAGUAAAAGUGGACGUUUUUUUUUUUUUGAGUUUUCACGAAGGAAAGUGGAGAUCUAUGGUGGUGGUGAUGUCUCAACCAUGGUGAUGGUGUUCAUGAGGAAAAAGAAAAAGUGAAAAAGACACCACCGGUGAGAUCAUGGAAGUGAAGAAAGAAAAUUACCAAAUAGAUAUCGAGAACAGCGAUGAUGACAAAAAAAAGUGACUAUCCUAUCUUAAAAAAAACAAGCAUUUUCAAAUUUAUUACUACAUGAGAUAGAUUAUGAAUAGGGGUACAAAGGUCAAAAAAAGGUUGAAAUGUAAGAGUGCUGGGGUUUGUAGUUUUUGUUGUGUUCUGCUGUCAUCUGUUUUGGGUGCUUGCUAAGUGUGAAGAGAGGAAUAACAAAACAAAAAGAGCAGAGGGAAAGUCGUGGGAACGAACCAACAAGGCAAAUCAAGAAGAAAAGGGAAAAGCCCAUAUACUUUUCUCACCUGGUUCAGCUUAAGAAGCUCAUCAUUAACAUUGUGGUAGUGAACUGAGCCUGUUUGGUUUGAAAAUAUGAGCUACCACAACUCCUCAAUGAGUUCUGGUAGUGGAACUGCUAGAAGGAUAUUGGAGUUUGGAAGGACUCAUGUGGUUAGACCUAAAGGGAAGCACCAGGCAACUAUAGUUUGGUUACAUGGCCUUGGUGAUAAUGGCUCUAGCUGGUCCCAACUCUUGGACACUCUUCCUCUUCCAAAUAUUAAAUGGAUUUGCCCAACUGCUCCUACUCGGCCUCUAGCCUUAUACGGUGGAUUUUCUUGCACUGCUUGGUUUAAUGUUGAGGAGAUUUCAGCUGAUGCUCUAAAUGAUUUGGAGGGUUUAGAUGCUUCUGCAGCACACGUUGCCAAUCUUUUAUCAACAGAGCCUCCAAAUAUCAAACUUGGUAUUGGAGGCUUCAGCAUGGGUGCUGCUACUGCACUUCACUCAGCAACAUGCCAUGUUUUGGGGCACUAUGGGAAUGGAAACAUUUACCCUAUCAACUUAUGUGCAGUUGUUUCUUUAAGUGGCUGGCUUCCUUGUUCAAGGACCUUGAAAAGCCGGAUUGAAGGAUCCCGUGAUGGCAUAAGGCGUGCAGCCUCAAUGCCCUUAUUUCUCUGUCAUGGAAUAGGUGAUGAUGUGGUUGCAUAUGAACACGGAGAGAAUUCUGCAAGGACCUUAAGCUUAGCUGGAUUCCAGAAUCUUACAUUUAGGAGCUACAAUGGGUUGGGUCACUAUACAAUCCCUGAAGAAACUGAUGAAGUUUGCAGGUGGCUAACUGGACAAUUGGGACUUGAGGGGUUCAGAUUGAACUAGAGAAGUAAUAAAAGCAGAAUGGUCACAAAUAUAGAAGAAGCAUACUUUUAGGCAAUGAAAAAGAGGCGCUAUAGAGUAGAUAGUUGGUGUGGGGUAUAAUGGUAAUGGUUAUAUGUAUACUUAUAUAGCAGCUUCAUUCUCUAUCUUGUUGUGUUCUCAUGGUACUAAAUAAACCUUUUUGUUUCUUCCUCCAAGUUAUUGCUCUGGAUUUUGGAAUGCUGUGUGGUUUGAGGACAUGGAUAAGUUCCUCUACCUCCAGCAAAUUUUGUUUAAUUAUGUUGCUUUCCAUA